AAAGUCGGACACCACUUAGCCACUAAACAACAAAACAAAAACAAUUGUGUAUUUUACAUGAACUGGCUUACGCUAGCCUCACAAGGUCAGUCCUUCCCCAUCUCUCUCAGACAAAGAAUAGGAAACGUGGCCUGGAGAGAUGAAGCAAUAGGCUGGAGCUAUCAGACUCAGAAAGUGAUUAUAGUCUAAGUAAUGAGGCUAUGAGAACUUGAAUUUUGGAGUCAGGCUCUGUCACCUGUCCUCCACGACCAUCCAGAGUUCCUUCAAAUCUUUUGAUUUCCAGGCUUGCUCAGGUGCCCAGCCUCUUUCUUCAACUGCCAGUACUGAUUGUAUCAGGCUGACAACUUUCAGCUAGCUGGGUGUCGCGAUCACACACCUACUCUAUGAAUCAAGGACUGUGCCCUGCAUCUCGCAGCCUCGCUCCUGGAAGGCAAGAGUCACUGGUCUCACAGGAACAAAUAAACUCAAGUCACUGGUCUCAUAGGGACAAGUAAGCCAAAGUCCCUGCCCUCUCAGGCAGGGAGUACCUAGUAUUGUUUUGGUUCAAAGCAGGGUAUGAUUCCUGCUAUCAAGAGGUACAAAGUUUGGGUGACCUGUAGGAGCAGGUUCCUAGAAGGACUCGGCAUGUGUCCGCCACCCAACCUCACGUUUGACAUUUGUACCCGCCGUUUCCUGAUGAACUCCUAGGAAACAUUUGCAUAUAUUUUGAGAGGGAGGAAUUGUGUGUGUGUGUGUGUGUGUUUUUCCCUAGGAAAAAGAAGGGAAUGUCCUAGAGAGAAACAGAAUUUCAGAGCUGUUUAGGACUUGAGAUUUAUCCAGCCCAAGCCCUACAUUUUAUGAACGAGGAAACAGGCUCGGGUGAAGCAACUGGAUUUUCCCAAGGUCACAGGCUAGUUAAGCGCGAGGACGGAAGCGCGUACUCCCGCCCUGGCUCAGGGCCCAGGCCCUCUCUCUGUACCCGCGGCCUCAAGAAUGCGCCCUCCACGCUAGUGUUUAUCUGGCCGCCACGCCCGCACCAGAAACCCGGGAUCAGGGGGUAGAAUCUGACACCAUCUUCAGCGGCAGCCAAGCCUGUUCCGUCCGUCAUUACGUCCCUACGGGCGGGCAGGUCGCCGUCCCCGACCCUGCCCUCAGCCAACCUCUAGGUCGUGGGGUGGGGGAGAGGCUGGGUAAAGGCUGCGCUGUGAGUCCCGGUACCACGACCCUGGGCAGAGUCCCUAGAACAGAAAGGCCCGCCCCUUCCCUCCCCGCCGCAGCCCCGCACAUGCUGCGCCUCGUGCACCGCCCCGGGCCCCGCCCCCCGCCCUCUAUUGGCUGCUCCGCGCCUUCCUCCUGUCCCCCCGCUCCCCACGCGGCGGGACUCGGCUGCAGCUCCACGUGACCCGCGGAAGGGAGAGGGAAGAGGAAGGGGUAAACAGCCGCGGGGAGCCCUAGGGGUCUCUCUGAUAGGCUACCUCCCCACCGGCAUGGCCGCUGCCAGCCCCGCCUCCUCUGGGUGGCGCUUCCGGAAGGUGGCGAGACUGGGAUGCGAGGGGAGAGCGGUUACAAUGGUCCGAGAGAAGGGCAGGGGUUACGGCGAAGGCGAAAGCGUGGGUUGAGGGGCACGGGCUGUCGCCGGAAAGGGCCCCCUAGACCCAGGCCUCGGCAGGCGCCAAUCAGGUGACAGCGAGGAGGACGGGGCGGGGCCUGCGGCCCUGCUUCUCACCUGGCCCCGCACGUGUGGCGUUUACCCUAGGGGCGGCCUAGCCAAUCACGAUCCGGAAGGCUGCGCCUGCCCCCGCCCCCUCUCGCGGGAUGGGCCAAUCCAAGGUCGCCAUCCGGGGAAGCUGGCCUGGCUUUAUGAAUAAUUAAUAAGCCAGAGCCUGUCCGCCUGCGGGGUAGGGAUGGAUGGGGAGGUGGGGGGGCCUCUGCGCGCCUGCGCAGUAGCUGCUUGUGUCGGCAGCUGCGGCGGGUCGCACGGCUCCGUCCCAUCUCGGGGGGCGGGCAGGCGGGCGGGGGAGGCGAGGCGAGGCGAGGCGCGCGCGAGCCGAGCGCGGGGCACGAUGUCCGACGCGGGCGGUGGAAAGAAGCCGCCUGUAGAGCCGCAGGCGGGGCCGGGCCCGGGGCCGGGGCGCGCAGCCGGGGAAAGGGGCCUGCCGGGCUCCUUCCCUCUGGUCCUCAAGAAGCUGAUGGAGAACCCCCCACGCGAGACACGCCUCGAUAAGGAAAAGGGGAAGGAAAAGCUGGAGGAAGACGAGGCUGCAGCAGCCAGCACCAUGGCCGUCUCAGCCUCCCUCAUGCCGCCCAUCUGGGACAAAACCAUCCCGUACGAUGGCGAGUCUUUCCACCUGGAGUACAUGGACCUGGAUGAGUUCCUGCUGGAGAAUGGCAUCCCCGCCAGCCCCACCCACCUGGUGCAGAACCUGCUGCUGCCGGUGGCUGAGCUAGAAGGGAAGGAGUCAGCCAGCUCCUCCACGGCGUCCCCACCAUCCUCCUCCACCGCCGUCUUUCAGCCCUCGGAAACCGUGUCCAGCACAGAAUCCUCCCUGGAAAAGGAGAGGGAGACCCCCAGUCCCAUCGACCCCAACUGCGUGGAGGUAGAUGUGAACUUCAAUCCCGACCCUGCCGACCUGGUCCUCUCCAGUGUGCCCGGCGGGGAGCUCUUCAACCCUCGGAAGCACAAGUUUGCUGAGGAAGACCUGAAGCCCCAGCCCAUGAUCAAAAAGGCCAAGAAGGUCUUUGUCCCUGAUGAGCAGAAGGACGAGAAGUACUGGACGAGACGCAAGAAGAACAAUGUGGCAGCCAAGCGGUCCCGGGAUGCCCGGCGCCUGAAGGAGAAUCAGAUCACUAUCCGGGCAGCCUUCCUGGAGAAGGAGAACACGGCCCUGCGGACGGAGGUGGCGGAGCUGCGCAAGGAGGUGGGCAAGUGCAAGACCAUCGUGUCCAAGUAUGAGACCAAGUAUGGGCCCUUGUAACACGCACCCCCGCCGGGGCGCUGCCUCACUUCAGACCUCUGCCCGGGGCCCCUGAAACCCACCCCUGCGUGGAGACUUAUGACUCGUCGUGGGCGCAUGGCGGCGCACCUGCCCCGGAGCCUUCACGUUCAAGCUUCAUUAUCACACACGACCAGUGCGGCGACUUCCCUGGGGGCCAGCCUCCUCCCUGGCGGGACUCGAGAGAAUCUACGAGGCGGUGAAUCAGCCUUCGUCUCUGUCCUUGGCUGUCGCAGCUGGCCCAGAAGGGGACCUCUGGAGCACAGGCCUUCCUCUCCCAGGGGGCCCAGGCUUCCGUGACUCUUCCUCUUCUCCAGCCUGGGCCGAGCCAGGCCCGUAUCUGCAGAAUGAGUGGUGAUGACUGUCGCCCUUACAUCUUCUCAGGUAGCUGGGUGCAUUUCUAGGCAGGGCGGGUCUGUCAUCCUCCCCAGAAAGUCUUAGAGAGAGAAGCCUCUGUUCCCAUCUUCCUCAGAGGUAGAAAGACAUGCCAGCUCCUCUGUAGCAUCCGUGUGGGCACCAGGCCAUGGGGGCGUGGUCUGUACGCAGCCGGGGAUGACCUUUGCAUCUGGGCCUACAGCAGAAGGUCACCCAGCGGUUCCUGGUUCCCUGACCCCGUUUCUCUGUGGCUCGAGGCUUGGGAGGAGGAGGCCCUGGUGAGGGGCUCCCUGUGCGUUCCAUCCACUACUGGGAGAGACUCCCAGGGUGGUGGUCUCUGCGCCCUGGUCACCGUGCUCAUCUACUCUUCUCCGGGGCACUCGUGGAGGCUGCCUGAGUCUCCUUUGUCCCACCAGACUGGGCCUCUGGGCCUGCUGUUUUUCCUCACCCAGUGAUCAAGCUGAGAUCUUGGAUUUUACCUGAAAAGUCCCCUCAUCUGGGAAGCUUAACUUCCUGGAGCGGAGACGCACCUUCUGCAUGGUGUUCAGAUACCUGGCCUCCACGGCCCCUCCCACCCUCCCCCAGCACCGCGGGUGGAGAGCCGGGCAUGUUUCUCUAGAAGCUCCCGUUCUUUCUUGCUCUGCUUUCUCGUGCGGGCCAUGCCCGAGCCCGCUCUCCCCGAAAAGCAGAAGAGGGCUUCCUGGUUCUCACUUCAGGAUCCACCCAAGUGUGAGCAGCCUAGAGGGCGUCCCCGGGCAGGGCCCCGGUCACCGGGUCCCACCCAGCUCAUAUGGAAGAACAGGCUCCUGGGACUUGGACAUAGGCUAGAAACCCCUCCAUCCGGGUCCUAGGAGACGGCCAGCUGUGCAGGCCCGGCCAAGGCGUGGGUGGAGGGGCCAACCUCGCAGCUGCUCCUUCCUCUCAUGUCCGGCUGGACUCAUCCUUCAGUUCUGCCCGGAAGACUCGUUACAGACAUCCGCAGAACCCUCUGCUCGCUGUGGUCAGCCGGGCACCUGGAGAUGGGUGUAUUUAUUUGCUCAGGGCGGGCAGCCUGUGGUAAGGAGGGGUCAGAGGUGACAGGCACACUUUUGUCGCGUUCACCACUGGUUUUAUUUAAAGUGGUGGCUCUGAGUCCUGGGCCUUGACCCCUAAAGACUUUUUAUAACAGAUGUUAAGAGCAGGGGAAGCCAUCCACUGGCUGUGGACCACACCCCAGGGGAACACACGGCCCUCCAGGGACCUGCACCCCCACCUCUCCAGGGGACUUGACAAAGGUCCCCGAGGCCGAGGGAUGUUGGUGCCCCUCCCCCCUCCCCCCGACUUUGACUUCGUGGUUCUAUGAAAACCAUGUUAACACUUUCCACUCUUGUAACCACAGCAGGGCAGUUGCAUCCAGCAUGUCCGUGUCCUGCCCUGGGCAGCUCGCCCGCCCGGGCACUCUCGCUCUGGUCUGGCCACCCACCCAGAGGGCACUUCUCAUUUUGUUAUUGGGAGAAGAGCCACCAGCUUAAAAGCUCUUCAUUUUCUUUGGCCAGAAAGUGUAUGGUUUGUGUUUUCUCGGUUUUUUCCCCCCCUCUAAGGGAUGGACAUUUAGUCUCUGGGUGGCGUCCACUCUCCGACCCCAGCAGGUGUGGUGAUGGCCUGCUGUCUCUUCUCUCUGUCCCACUUUCUGCCUGUCUGGGUGCCCUCCCCUUGCACCUCCCCCAACCCUCCCCUGCCCCCCCCAGGCAGUGGGUGUCUGGUUCCUUCCCAAAGUGCUCACUUGGAAAGAGCGUGGCUGCUGGCCUCUUCUAGAAGAGCCCCUUCGAGUCAGGAGUCUGGUGGGGACAGGAAGGAGAGGUCCGUGGAGAUUGACAUGCUGGGGAAAAGGGUGCUCAGGUAAGCGUGUCUUCUUAGUCCUUGCAGGAGAGGUGGUGCCUCCUCAGUUUCCAUCGUGGAGUUGGGAGUCUUCUUGACUCCCUGUUGGGCCCUCUCCAUCUUAGGGCUAACGGCCAAAAACUGAGGCUCCUGUCCUCAUGUCUUUGACACCCUCUGCAAAGCACCAGAGACGAGAGACGCCAGUGUGAGUGGCUUUCCCUGGGCUUGCAGUGGGCUGGGACGGGCCAUCCCUUCCUAAGCACCCCCUUUCACCUCAGUUGCAGCCUCCGAACAGACAAAUCAUGAAUGAGCUGGAAUGUUGCAAGAAUAUGCAUAUAAUAAAUGUAUUUCUAGACAUAGAAUACGUAUAUAUUUAGGGAGAGCUUUCACAGUGACCAGCAGUCUUGUGGAGGACCCGGGUAACUCUUACCUUGGCCCAAGGCAAAGGGUUUGCCUGUCUGGGGCCUGAGGUUGGGGAAGGCACGUAGCAGUGACCCUUGACUCUGGGUAAGCAUCGCCCUGGUCAGGGGGGACCUGAUGUGGCCCUGGCAGGCAGCGUCUGCAGUCGUCCAGUCAGAGGUAGGGUAGCAGGCGAGGGGGCCAGCUGACAAGGGCUGCUCUGUGCUGGGCAGCUCUCCAUCCGUGACCCUGGGAGCAAAGGGCUCAAAGCCCCCUGGUUUUCAUGGCAAAGCCCUACCACCCCAGAGCUCCUUUAACAUCUGUUAAUUAAGUGCAAUAAAUUUUUCUAGAAAAUGGCAAAGAUGACUUCCAGGUGGAUAUUGCUGUCUUACAGUGUUGGGGACGCCAGAGCACCACUUGGUUUUAUUUUUCUAAGUGCAUGUGAUGUGACAGAGUGUGUGGGGCUCUGCGCCCUCCCCCGGGAGCUGGCAUUCCAGCAGGCCCCUCUCUCCUUCACCCGUGUCGGGGAAGGAGGCACGGCGCAAACCCCUUCUCCCCGGCCGGCGCGGGGCAGAUGCGGAGUGUAGCCCACUGGCCUUAUGUGCGUGUGUGCGUGCGAGUGUGCCACUGCUGGUGGGCCCGAGUGACGCGGCGGGAGGGAAGCCGGGAAUGUAUCCUUUUCAAACAAAAUUAAAUAUUUUGAGACGAGAA